GUCGUCUAAUCUAAUGAGUCAAGUCGAUGAUCUGCCCCCCGAUCCAGCUCCUCUUAUUAAGGUCCAUCCAUACAUCAUCUUUCUCCCGCUCCCAUCAGUCAUCACAUCCUCUUCGGUCCAGAGCACCAGCACCUCGAGCGAGCUACCACUCUGGGUCCAGGUUGAGACAGUUCCUUUCAAAAAGAAAAAAGAAAGUCGAGACAGUACAGGAGAAGGGGUACGCAAAACAUGACGGUGAAGGAAAACAUUCUCUAUUUAAAUCAUGAAUGGUUGAAAGAAAUUACAGAUACUUUUUCGGAUCAGCGAAGAAUUGGUGAAGGCACAUAUGGAGUAGUUUAUAAGGGCGCUUCGAAUGAAGAGGAGUUUGCUGUAAAGAAGCUCUAUAACUUAACUCGAAAUGAUGACAAGCAGUUUCAUCUUGGACUUGAUGAGCUUGAUAAGGUUCAGCAUAAGAACAUUGUAAGGCUAGUCGGCUACUGCAAUGAAAUAAGGCAUCGUUAUGCAGAGUACAAGGGAGAAACUGUUUGUGCCGAAGUAAUAGAAAGGGCACUCGUCCUGGAAUAUUGUGACAAUGGAAGCCUCCGGCUACUUCUUUCCGAUGACUACAAUGGCCUUGACUGGCCCACCCGUUAUAAAAUUAUCAAGGGGACAUGCGAUGGUUUGGAAUAUCUUCAUGGGCAGAAUCCACCAUUUUGCCAUUUGAACAUAAAGCCUGAUAACAUACUACUGGAUAAAUAUAUGGAGCCCAAACUUUCAGAUGGUUUGUCCAGGUUGUUCCACCGUGAAGUGUCCCGCAAUACAGUGUUGGCUAAAACAACAGUUGCAUACGUGUCACCAGAAUACAGGUAUGACGGCCAAAUUUCACUAAAAUGCGACAUAUACAGCAUUGGUGUUGUAAUGCUAGAGAUAGUCGCGGGAUCCACUGGACGUUCCAAAUGCCUCGAAAUGCCUCGCCAGGACUUCAUUGAUUUAGUACGUGGAAACUGGAGGAACAGGUUGCGACUAAUAUUCAGGGGUUCCACACUUGAUGCAUAUUGCCAACAAGUGGAGAGAUGCACUGAGAUAGCACUGAACUGUAUGGAGAUUGAUCUGCACAAAAGGCCCCAUAUAGUAGAUAUCACUAUUAUACUGAACAAGACUGAAACUCAUGAGGGCUUUGAUGACCCCAAAGUAUGGAAGAUGUCAUUCAAGGAGUUGCAAGUAAUCACGAAUGAUUUCUCAGAAGAAAUUGGUAAAGGUGCCUUCGGUGUUGUUUAUAAGGGAAUGCUUAAAAAUGGGGAAGCAGUAGCAGUGAAGAAACUCGACCAUUAUUUAGCAAACCAACGGAAACAGAUUGAGAGCGAGGAGCAUCUUAAGAAUCUUGAGCACAAAAAUAUAGUACAACUUAUCGGCUACUGUGAAGAGACAAUACACGUACCAAGGUCUCAUGAAAGCAAACCAGGCGAAUACACAUUAGUGGACAUGACAGAGAGUUUGCUCUGUUACGAGUUUUUGUCAAACGGGAGUCUAGAGGACAAGAUGUGGAAAGCCAAUUCGCCUGAACUAGAUUGGAAAACUCGUCAUACGUUGAUAAAGGGCAUUUGUGAGGGCCUACACUACCUUCACUAUGGAUGUCUAGAUGCUCCCAUUGUCCAUAGGGAUCUAAAACCUGCCAACAUCUUGCUAGAUGAUGACAUGGUUCCAAAACUAGGAGAUUUCGGUCUAUCAAGGAUCGUCCCUGAAACACAAGCUCACAUUACGGCUUUUGCUGUUGGAUCAAGUGGAUACAUGGCGCCAGAAACCAUAGGCCGCCGCGAAAUUACACCCAAGGCAGAUAUAUACAGUUUGGGAGUUCUUAUAUUAGAGGUUAUAACAGGGAGGAGUCCCCCUUACAUCGAAUACUCAGGCCAGUGUUAUGUUGACAAGGUCCGUGAAGAUAGAAAUCAAAAUUCAUAUGUUGCAUCUAGGUACCCAUUACUCGAAGAGAGUCUUCACCAACAGGUCGAUAGUUGGAUAAGCAUAGGGCUACGGUGCACAGAGGAACUACCUCAACGAAGACCAACUAUUGAGCACAUAAUACAUUUUCUUGAGGCAGAAUCUUCCAGCUCAUUGGGUCCACCUGAUAGAGAAGUAAGGAUGAUAUCGUUCAAAGAGUUCGAGGACAUCACCAAUAAAUUUUCCGAAAAGCAACUACAUGGUGAAAGUAUCUUUGGUGCUGUUUAUGAGGGUACACGUGUGGAUGGGGAAGAGAUGAUUGUGAUCAAACUGAAAGAGCAUAGGAGACCAUCAGAGACCCAGUUUAACCUGGUGGUAAAUGGUCUGAGAUUCGAGCACAAAAAUAUUCUACAACUUAAGGGUUACUGUGAUGAAACAGUUGAAGCAGCGAGUAAGAGGUUGCUCUGUUACGAGCUUUUGCAGAACGGUAGUCUGGACAGGAAAAUUUUUGGUGACCAAUCUCUCACACAACAUCCUUGGGAAGAACGUUACCGAAUAAUACAAGACAUAUGCAAGGUUUUGCAGUACCUACAUGAAGAAUGUAAAGAUGUCCACAUGGGCAUAACAGCAGGUAAUAUAUGGCUGGAUAAUGACAUGCUCCCAAAGGUUGGGUGUUGCGGUCUAUCAAGGAUCUUCGCUGCAGACCCGACUCAGAUAUACAAUACAAAGGUUGUAGGAUCCUGGGGAUACCUUGCACCGGAGCACAUUGAACUGACUAAAAUGUCAACAAAGUCAGACAUUUACAGUCUGGGCAUUCUAAUCAUGGAGAUCGUGACUGGAGAAAAGUGCCCCUCUAAUGACAACGGGUCCCCCGUGUCCUUUAUUACUAACGUGCGUGAAUCUUGGCUCAAAGGUUCCCAUAUUGCAGCAAAAUACCCAUCGCUGGACGCCAUCUGCAUCCAACAAGUGAAGGGAUGCAUUAAGAUAGGGGUCCAAUGCACAGAGCUUGUACCUAACAAAAGACCCACAGCUGGGGAAAUUGUCCUUAUGCUUGAGGAAGAAUGCACAAAAAAACCUGGAUUCUGGAAUGCGCUUUGUUCCGGUAUAUGCCCAGUAGGAGAAUUGUGAAUCAUUCCUUCCUUUUGAAUAAACUAGCGGGGUGACUGGCACAUUUGUGCUGCUAGAUUUGUUAUUUACUGUUGUAUUUGCAUUUUCCCAUAUUUGUGCUGCUAGAUUUGAACUGCAAUACAUCAAGUAUUAGCUUUAAAACUUUGGUGCAUUUAUAGGCUACGUGAUAAUAUUUUUUUUCAUUCAGAACUUGUUCGCAAAGAAUUGAUUGUUAACAUUGAGACUUGUACCAACGUUUGUGUUGUCUUAUUCUGCUAAAUUAUCACUUGAUAUAUUGCAGUUCCUAUGUUGCAAUCACAUCACAAUUUGUUUUCUUCAUGCUCCCUCAUCCCAAAUUUGAACUAAAGCCACAACAAAUUUGUCCAAAUUUGAA